ACUGACCUUAGACGUUACAGUAGUGUACAUUACAACAUGAGUGUGUUCCUGCAGCUCAAACAGUGAUGAAUCCUCAAGGUCAUGGGUUUGAUUCCCAGUGAAUGAACUGAUCAAAUGUCAAGCUUGAAGUCAGUGUUGGUCAGGGUUGAAGGCUCAUCGUGUGUUUUUCUCUGGUCUCCUGUAGAAACAGUAUGUACUGCAGGUCAAACACUGCAGGCUCAGGUGUACAGCGACAUGUUUCCGUUUGCGUAUGACGUGCCGCAGUUUAACGCCUGCCUGAGCGUCCAAACACUGAAGGACAACCUGGAGGCCGUGACCGAUAGAGUUCACGACAGGAGCUACCAGCGGAUCAUUCUGGACAAACUCAACCAGGCGUAUCCGGGCGGACUGUCUGACCAGGUGCUGCAGGUUUUAGGCUCCACCUCCCGCGUGGCCACACCCGAUGAUGUCAGAAAGUGGAAUGUGACGAAGAUCGACACGCUCUCGUCUCUGAUGAACCAACGCAAGGGAGACUGGGACCCAGAGAUGGUCCAGCUGCUGGUCAGUAAGUAUCUGAGUGUGAAUGGAAACGCUCUCGGCACGAACGAGCUGAACGCACUGGGAGGAACAAACCUGUGUGUGCUGAACACCAGUGUGCUGAACAACAUCAGGGCCACCAGCGUGGAGCAAGCUUCUGCUCUCUCUCUGACCAGCUGCAGCUCAGAGAAGAAGUCGAUUCUGUUCAGUAUCGCUCAGAACGCAUUCAACAAAACAAAUACACGCAGUACAAACCCCGUCAGCAUCACAACAUACCAGCUGCUGCAGAACUACCUCGGCGGUGCUGAUUCAGCAUUUAUUCGUACUCUUGUGAACUCCAGUGUGAAUAUGGACGUGCUCACAUUCAUGAGUCUGAAGCAGAGUGUCAUCAACGUGCUGAUCGUGUCUGAGGUGAAGAGUCUGCUGGGUGUGAAUGUGGCCGAUCUGAAGACGUAUGAAAGCGCAGCACAGAUUCAGGAGUGGAUCAGGCUUCAGCUGCAGGUGGAUCUGGACACGCUGCAGAUCGGUCUGACGGGGGGCAGGAACUCCAGCGUCACAGAAAGCACCGCCAGCACCACCACUACAGCUAGCAGCAGCACUAAAGCACCGUCAGCCCAGACCGGCACCGCCGCUACCACAGCUGCUGGAUCCAGAGUCUGGUCACCUGUCUGUCUGCAGCUGCUCCUAUUGGCUGUUACCACGACGACGCUGCAGCUGCUGCACUGAUGACAUCAUCAUCAUCGCUGUACUUCCCGUCUCUUGGUCUGUCUUGUAUUUAAAGAGUUUCUGCACUUUCACUUUUCAUGAAGUGACAUGAACUAUUUCUGUGUGGAAUUGAUGACUAAAUCACUCUGGAUUGCUGUGGUCACAUCUGACUCAUUCAUAUGAAGUUAAAGAUUCGACAAUGAAAUGCUAAAUCUCAAAUACAUUAAAAUAACUGAAAAACAUCUCAAUAAUCAAUAUUUAUAAAUACAAGGAUUUCUGUUUGCUUAUGUGAGAGAGACAGAUUGAACCCUGCGAAGCAUGAUCCAUGAAGAUCAACACGUAAGCUCAGGUUACUCCAGGAGAAAAACUAAUGAAUGUAAUGUCAAACUUUGUAUGGAUUAAAGCAUAAGAUAAAUAAUU